AUGUUUGGCGGAGAGCAGCAACUUUCCAAGGAGGAGAUCAAGCAACACCACUCCUUCAUGGCAUCCAAUGGGAUAUUGAAAUUGACUCUGGGUUACCAACAGGCCGGCGAGGUUGAAGCACAGCAAACCGUUCAAUUCGCAGUCGUCGGCGGCAUUCUCCUCUACCUCUCGCCCUUCGCAAUUGACUUUGCCAAGAAGUUCCUAUAA